AUGGCCCUCGCAUGCCUUGGAAGCAGACUCAAGAUGUUGGAUUUACUCGAUCAAGCAAGAUCACUUCACAUUCAACUGCUGCAUUCUUUCUCAAAAUCUUUACUGGAGCUAUCAGCCCACGAUGUCAUGGAAUCCCUGGUUACCGCGGUGCUACUUGGACUCUACGAGCUAGUUACAGCUGGAUCUACGAAUCCCAGCGAUCACGAUGCUCAUUCGAGGGGUGUGACGGCAAUUCUAUGUGCAACUCAAUCUCCGCUUGAGCUCGUCAGAGGCAAAGGUCUAUUUCAAUUAGCACACUCGCUUUGGAGAAAGGGUCCAAAUCACAUCGUCGAACUCAGUCUGCUCCCAUCGGUACAGACAACCAAAGAUACUAAUCGACCAAUGCUGCGGGAAGAUGAAGUACAGCUUCCUGAUGCCUUCCAAGAGAGCUCUGGAGCCGGGUCCGAAUUCAAUCAUACCGGGCUAUACCUACUCUUGAAGAAAGCGGAGAUCUUACUGCUCAGUCAACAUGCCCUUUCAGAAGACAUAAAUGACCUCCUCUGCGAAGCAUAUUCAUGGGACAGAGACUUGGCUCGCUGGCCAGCAACUCGAUCAUAUGAGCCUGCGGAAGUAUCGAAAACCGAAAGUCAAACACAAAGUCGACGUCCACCAUGGUGGCCACCGAAAGCAGACACUUAUUUUGAUUUGUAUGUGGCUGCGGCCUGGAACACGUAUCGCAAGAAUCGGCUAUUGCUGCUCAAUGUGAUAGUUCAGUGCUUAGAAAGGCUCCAAGAGAAGGACGCACAUGGGCGCAAGCAGGCAGAAGCUGCAGGGCUUGCUAAAGAUGUUCUGGCUUCGAUUCCCUUCCACCUGACAUACGCCUCCGGUAGUCUUCGUCAGGUUUCAAGUCUUAACGUUGGCGGGAUUGCGGUAGGUAAAACUAUCGGUGGCAUGUUGCUGAUGCAUCCUCUUUACGUCGCAUCAAACUUGCCGAUUGUCCCAGCGCAAUUGCGAGCCCAUAUGCGGGAAUGCCUUGCAUGGAUUGGUGGGCACAUGGGCAUCGGCCAGGCCAGUGUCUUUUCAAAAACAUCCAUUACAUUUCCCGCCGAAUCUAUCAUCCAUGGAUAUGUUCUACUUUGGGCGGGCAUGCUUGUACGCCCAGAGAAUCAGCAAACGCCGUGA